AUGGCGUCCAUUAUGAUGUUGAUUGCAGUUGUGCUAUCCUGUGUGUAUCUAAGCUCUGCUACCUACCUUCCUCCCUGCGGCCCCCCUGAUGCUCCAGGUUACGGAAGUUUCUACCCUCAGAAAAAGUUCUACUCAAUCGGAAAGGUUGUUAGAUUCUCUUGCAGAGAUGGCUUUUUGCUGAAAGGAUACAGCUUCACCAAAUGUAUCUACAGCCGGAACCUAAGAAAGGCAGUGUGGAAGUUUAACACUCCAGUUUGCAAGCGUAUCACGUGUCCUGACCUUAUCGAUCCCCGAUAUGGAGAUGUAGACAUGACUGGAAAUACACCUGGAUCAAAAGCAACUUAUAUCUGUGACAGAGGUUUCACCCUUGUGGGCAGCUCUACGGUAAAAUGCCAGCUCAACGGGAAAUGGUCCAGUGUUCCACCUGUUUGUAAACCAAUCUUCUGCCCCAAACUGACUCCCCCUGCAUAUGGUGCUGUGAAUGAUGGUAACAAUCGUGUCGGAACCAAGGCAGUGUACACCUGUAACGAUGGUUUUGAAAUAAGUGGGCAGAGCUCUAGGAAAUGUCAGCUGGAUGGUACAUGGAGUGGAAAAGCCCCAACUUGCAUAUUGAUCAAAUGCCCUAAUCUUGAGGAUCCAGAGAAUGGAUCUGUGGAUGAUGGAGACAAUCUGCCAGGAACCAUAGCAAAGUACACCUGUGACGAUGGAUUCAGGUUAGUGGGAUCCAGCAAGAGACUCUGUCAGAAGGACGGCAGCUGGGCUGGAAAGGCACCUAUCUGCAAAGCUAUCAUCUGUCCUAAGCUGAAUGACCCUGAGGAUGGUCAGGUGACAGUCACUGGUCUAACUCCGUCCUCCACUGCUAAAUAUUCUUGUAACAAGGGAUUCAAGUUGUUUGGAACGGCUUGGAGGAAGUGCCAGGCCAACGGAGAGUGGUCUGGAGAAGCACCUAUUUGUAAACGUGUGGACUGUGGCCGUCCACCCAAGCCAAGCUACGGAAGUGUCAAGUUCUGGACCACUACACCUCGUUCCAAAGCAUUCUACGGCUGUUUUAAGGGCUACCAGCUGAGUGGUUAUGCAGUCCGAUUUUGCCAGGGUAACGGUUACUGGUCUGGACGUACUCCAUCAUGUACGAGGAGGCAUUAUUAGGACUCGCGAUCUACUGAACCACAUAUAUAAGAACUAUAAAUGAACUUUAAGAACAUAGUAUAUAAUUAGCUGUAUAAACUAGUAAACAAUCUUUUGCUGUAUGAAAAACUGCAGUAAAAGUUCAUGGAGCUGAUUGUAAAUUGAGGCAUGUUGUUAUUGUCAUUGCUAACUGUG